AUGACAUGUCUAAUACAGAGCCAAGGAAUUCGGGAAAAAUUCCAGGGAUCAGAAUUGGAAGAAAAAUUCGACUUAUUAACUGAAGUUAACAAUGUAAUAUUGGACAAUGUUAGUACUAAUUUAGAUGAAGCAAGUGGUCUGAAAAAAACAGAAGAAGAACUUAUAUUAGCAGUGAAACCACAAAGUAGUAUAAAUACAAGUUGGAAUAAGAAACAAUUUAACUCAAAUUGUCCACAGAGCUAUAAACUACUAACGGCAAAAAAUAUUUCUCGACCACAGUUGGCAUUUAAAGAUAAAAUUGAUAAUACUAAUUCAAUAUUUGUUCCCAUAAUUAAAGAAAAACCAAAUUCCAUAAAACCUCUUGCUGUUAUAUUAGAGAAAGAUGGUGACAGAGAAGAAUUUUGUCAUCCAUAUGAAUUGGAAAUUGAAAAAUUUGAACCUGCAGAAGAACAUUUACAAACUGUAGAACCUGAGCUUCCAAAGCCACUGGAAGAAACUCCAUUCAUAUUUGUGAAGACUGAAGAGCAGUUAAAACAUAUGUGUGAUGAUUUGAAAAAGUCAAAAGAGUUUGCUGUUGAUUUAGAACAUCACUCAUAUAGAAGCUUUCAAGGGUUUGCUUGCCUCAUGCAGAUAUCUACAAGAGAAAAAGACUACGUUAUAGAUGUAUUAGAACUAAGAGGUGAACUGCAUAUACUGAAUGAGGUUUUUACAAACCCUAAAAUUGUGAAGGUCUUUCAUGGAGCUGAUAUGGACAUUUUGUGGUUGCAGAGAGAUUUUGGUUUAUAUGUUGUCAAUUUAUUUGACACAGGUCAAGCUGCUAGGGUGCUUCAUUUUGCUCAUUUGUCUCUCUCAUAUCUCCUCAAGCAUUACUGUAAAAAAGAUCUGGAUAAAAAGUUUCAGUUAGCAGAUUGGAGGAUUAGACCGAUACCUCCAGAAAUGUUAAAAUAUGCCCGAGAAGAUACUCACUAUUUAUUAUAUAUUUAUGACUGCUUAAAAAAUGAUCUUAUAACAAAUGGGAAUGAAAUGAAAAAUCUAUUGCAUUCAACAUUUGAAAGAAGUAAAAUGAUUUGCUUAAAGAGGUAUCAAAAACCAGUAUUUAGUGAUGACAAGUAUUUGGAGUUGUAUAAAAAAAGUAAGAAAACUUUCAAUGCAAAACAACUGUAUUGUCUAAAAGAAUUAUAUGGCUGGAGAGAUAGGAUUGCCAGAGAAAAUGAUGAAAGUUUAGCAUAUGUUUUACCCAAUCACAUGCUCCUGCAAAUAGCUGAAGCAUUACCUAGAGAACAGCAGGGAAUUCUAGCUUGCUGUAAUCCUAUUCCCCCUCUGGUGAAACAACAGUUAAAUGAAUUGCAUUCCAUCGUCUUAAAAGCAAAUGAAUCUUCUUUGAAGCAG